AGGUUCUAGCUGGCAGGAUCCCUGACAUUAGCGUUGCUCUCUCUGGCUGCCUGCUGUCUCAAGCCAUGGCUGCACAGCUGGUUGUUGCUCUGCUGGCUCUCACCUCCCUGGGUGCUGCAUCUGAACUGGACUGUAAAGAGCUGGUUAAGCCUCUGAUAUUGGACAGCCACAGCCCCAUCUAUGGGAAGUGGGUGUUUCAUGUGGGCUCGUGGGACCAGCCUGGCCUGAAGGGGGACCUGGUGUCAGUGAACAGUUCCUGGGUGGAGCUCUCGGCUUCUUCCGACAGUGGAGUCAUCACCAUCUACUGGGCCGACCGACUAGGUGAAGAUAAAUGUCUUCAGGGUUUAGCCAAUGCCACCAUCUCUGGGAUGACCAGUCACACCACUUUCAACAUCAAUGGUCACACUUCAUAUCAUGAUGGAAAGUACUAUGAGACCUGCUCCGACUGCCUCCUGUCUGAAGACACCACCCUCCUCCCUGACGGCAAGUCAAAGGGACGAUACCUCUUCCUGUUUACACGGACAGGCGAUCUGGAGCCAUCUGAGUUAGACACCUUCAAAAAGCAGGCGGAGUGUCUUAACUUCCCCCCAGAGUACCACUUUGCAGGCACAGAUUUGUGUCCAGACGACAGGAAAGCUUCGCCUGCUGAGGAGAGUACAGAGACUGAUCAAACUGACGUUCAGCCUAAAGCAAAGUAAAGCAGAACACACAGUUGUCAUAGUCCUGUGAAGAGCCCCCACACACCCAAACACAUCACAGUUUAACAUGAACUAAAUAGUGUUGUAAUGUGAUCUGCAUGUGCACUGAUAUAAUAAUGUUCUGUGGGUACGAUGUUUUGGCAGUCAGUCCUGUGUGUCUCUGCACGUGAAGCUGUUCCACCUUGCAUGAUUUAGUUUAGGAAAAGUGACAUGUGAAUAGGCCAUAGCAUAGUCUGGCAGGUAGAGUAAUGACAGGAAAAAUAUCACUUCAGUGCUUCCUUUAAAUCAGUUUAGUAAUCUGCCGAGUGUGUGAACUGGUUGUGUGAGAUGAAUAAAACAGCUUUCAGUCUCCCUCUG